GCGGAGUCGAGCUGCGGAGAUCACACUGAGCUUCAGCGUUGCGCUCCCGGGGGCGCAGGAAGACUUAAGAGGCCGCCGUCACCUGCACGAAGCUCCCUUAACCCAACCCCCCACCUCCCCACCCACCCCGAGAGGAGAGAGACGGGCACGGUAACGUUAGGGCUGUUUCUUACCGACGGCUUCCUUCUUACCGAAGGAAGGGAGCCAGCAUAAGGAGCUGAAGUGGCCGUCGCAUCGCUCCCCUGUCGGAAGAAAUCCGGUCCUGAGCAGUAAGUGUGAAUCCUGUAGAUGUGUCGAGACCGACAGUGAAUCAUCUUGUUGCAUAACAGCAAUCAGCUGUCAGAGCAGCACACCUGUAGCACACAGUGGAUUAUUCUGAAGCACAGAAAAGAUCGUUUAGAGAGACCGGCGCUCACCAAGAGCGAGAGGAAGACAGGCAGAGGAGAGGCUCCGAAUACGACUGAAGAGAAUUCAGCCUAAACUGAGGAAUUAUCAACAACAUUCACACUGAACUCAGCUGCUGGGGAUUUUUCUCUUACCUUUUUUUUUUUUUUUUUUUUACCCUCUGUUUUUAAGGAGAGUCAUUCAUUGGAGCUGACAUUAAUCUUUUUGUUGUCUUUGACAGUGAGAAUCACAGUGAUGUCUGGCCUCAACAUCUGCUUGGUAAAUGAAAGACUUUGUCAUUUUUCUUCUUUGUGAACCUUUUGGCCGAAGUUUGGCAGAAACUCUGAGAGCCGAAGGGGAAUUUUCUUUCACUUGGAACUUGCGCAAUCUCUUUCAUUUUCAUUUUUUGCUUCUGUGUUAUCUCGCUUUAUUUUUUAUCUGAUUACUCUUUGUUUAACAUAAAAGGAAGAAGGGGUGGUGACUGACUGAAGUUUCCCUAAACGGAACUUGAAUAGCAUUUGCAUUCCAGCUUGGCUCUCACAAGGGCACAAAUCCUCCCUUGUGACAGACUGUGUGUUUGUGUAGCUGAGUGUUCCUCUGCGAUACAUUAACUUGUAUCAGGGGACAAUAACGGGCCCUGUGUGUCUCUUCUGGAAAAAUGGGAUCAGAAAAGGACUCAGAGUCACCUCACUCCUCAGUGAGCGGCGUACCCAACCCUAAGUGCCGUGCGGCGGGCAAACGCCAGGGCCGUAUCUCCUUUCACAGCCUCUUCCACAGCAAACGGGGCUCUCGGGGCACAAGGGGCCCCAAAGCUGGAGCGGCCGCCCCUUUAUCCCAUCUUCACCACACACAACAACAACUUCUCCCUUCUGCCUUGAGCUCAGCACCUGUGGCAGCCUCUGUUACACCCACAACGACCACCACCACAGCCGCCACGACCCCCCAGGACGCUGCCUCCAGCACCCCCUCAAAGCCACUCUCCUCCAGCCAGCCAUCCCUGGGUGGAGCCCCGUCCUCUGGGGAUGCCAACCUCCUGGAGUGCCCCCUGUGCCUGGUGCGCCAGCCCGCCGAACAGCUCCCCGAGCUGCUGGGGUGCAGCCACCGCUCCUGCCUCUGCUGCCUGCGGCAGUACCUCCGCAUUGAAAUCACAGAGAGUCGAGUCCAGCUCAGCUGCCCCGAGUGUGCUGAGAGACUGGCCCCGCAACAGGUGGCGGACAUCUUGGAUGACGCGGCCCUGCUGGAGAAGUAUGAGGAAUUCCUGCUGCGGAGGUGCCUCGCCUCCGAUCCAGACUGUCGAUGGUGCCCAGCGCCUGAUUGCGGGUUUGCCGUCAUCGCCUCAGGCUGUGCCAGCUGUCCCAGGUUGGUGUGUCGCAGAGAAGGCUGCGGCGCUGAGUUCUGCUACCACUGCAAACAGGCCUGGCAUCCCAACCAGACAUGCGACUCGGCCCGCCAACAGAGGGCGCAAUCCUUGCACACCCACAGCAACCACUCGCCCAGCUACACACAGGAGCAGGGACCUGCUGAUGACAUCAAGCCCUGCCCUCGCUGCGGCGCUUACAUCAUCAAGAUGAAUGAUGGGAGCUGCAAUCACAUGACCUGCGCCGUCUGCGGCUGUGAGUUCUGCUGGCUCUGCAUGAAGGAGAUCUCCGACCUGCACUACCUCAGUCCAUCUGGCUGUACGUUCUGGGGGAAGAAACCUUGGAGCAGGAAGAAGAAGAUUUUGUGGCAGCUGGGAACCCUGAUCGGAGCUCCAGUUGGCAUCACCCUCAUCGCAGGCAUCGCUGUUCCCGCCAUGGUCAUCGGCAUCCCCGUUUACGUUGGCCGCAAGAUCCACGCCCACUACGAGCUGAAGAAGUCAUCCCGCCACAGAAGGAACCUCGCCAUCACAGGAGGCGUGGCCCUGUCUAUUAUCACCGCCCCGGUCAUCGCGGCUGUCAGCGUCGGUAUCGGUGUGCCGAUCAUGUUGGCCUACGUGUACGGCGUGGUGCCCAUUUCUCUGUGUCGAGGGGGAGGUUGUGGUGUCAGCAGAGGGAAGGGACGAGGUGUACGGAUUGACUUUGAUGAGGACGACGGUCCAAUCACAGUGGCCGACGCGUGGCGAGCCCUCAAGUCCCCGAGCCUCGGUGAGAGCAGUCUGGACGGGGCAGUCAGUGGUCUGAGUACCACGUCCCCCAGCGAGGGGCUCUCUGGGGCCCCUGGGACUCUGGGUGACACACCCCACUUUAACACUCUGGCAGGCGGCGCACUGGGAACCCGCACCAGCAAGUACAGCAGGCUGGAGGUGCAGGCAGGGGAGCUGGCUAAAGAGUCAGCCCAGAGGGAGACGGGCAGUCUGGGAGCAGGGAGCGACUGUGCCAGCACCCGUGGAAUGGCCGGAUCCAUCAUCUCGUCCUACACACUACCUGACAGGGAGUGCACCAACCUGGAGAUCCAGGUGGACAUCGAGACCAAACCCAGCCAUCUCUGCCUGACCAGCGAAGAGGACCUAACCCCGCCCGCGGGCUCUGCUGCCAUGGCAACUGUCUCAGGAGGGGAGGAGCCUCAGGACUGCAGCUCCAGAAGGGGCGGGGCUUUGUCUGGCUCGGCGUUGGGGCUGUCACCGGGAGCGUCAAUCAGGGAGGGGCUCCGAGACGUGACCCUGGCUCAACCGGAGAGCAUCCGCAGUGACCUGGAGAUGUCGGACACUCAAUCAGACGACAUCGCAGAGCUGACGUCAGACGACUGUGACUCGCCUCACCCGAAAAGCUGUCACCAGGCGGCUGGCCAGCAGCCCCAGCCCCCCUCCUGCCGAGCCCUGAACCCCCCCGAAGGCCUUCACUGUCCCGCAGACAGCAAUGUCAUCCUCUACGUCUGAGAGAACAGCAGCUCUCAGAUUUGCACAAAAAAACUAACCAAUCCCCCAAAAGUUUCAUUGAGCUUUCCUUUACUUCAUCGCUGUUUUUUUUUUCCUUUUGUCAUUUCUCAUUUGCUGCUUCUGCGACUCACAGACACCGUCUUAAACACGGACAGCGUUUGUUUACUUUUGUCUGUUUGUCUUAUCUAUCUACCUGUCAAUCUCCUCACUGAGUAAAUUGUCAGGGUUCUACCUCUGAGAUUUAUAAGAUGAUGAUUUAUGUUUACUCCUUGGUGCAAAAUGCCUUGGCUACUUAAGCAAAAAAAAAAAAAAAAGAGGAGGAAAAAAAAAAGUACAAAUUUACCACAAGAAAUAUUGCAAAAUUGAAAUUAUGAAAUAAGGUGAAAUGUCACCAAGCACAGCAGAGGGAGAAGGAUUGUCGGGAAAACAGAUGUCUCCUGAGGACGAAGGGGAUGUUUCUAACAAUGUGUGAAUGAAUGUGGACUUUGUACUCGACUAUUGUGGCUUUAUUUUCUUCUUUUCCUCUAUUUAUAUUCAGAUGACCUUGAAAUUUUUUUAUUUGCUGUGUGCACGAGUCUGCAUGAGCCACACCUUGUGUGAAAGGUUUAAAAGGGCAGUGUGUUUCUGUUACACUGGUGAAAGAUAAAGUUUACUUGAGGGGAUGAUCCUGCACUUGAAUCUCUGCACAGCAGAGGAGGAAUGGGAGGAUGGACAUGGGGACAAAAAGAGUCCGAAUUAGUUUUCGAAUUACAGAAAUAAGUGAUUGAGAUCUGACAAUGACGUGGCCAGAAGACACUGCGGUGAAAUGCACUGAGAGAAGCCAUUUUAUACAGUGUAGGAGCUUUUUCACACUCUGGACAGACCAAGUUUGUCUCACUGAUUUGCACUGAGAUUUACAUCAAACACACAUUUAUCAUUUCAACUUUAACAAGUAUAAAUUUAUGUGAAUGUAAUGUUAAACAACUACAGUUUACCCACCUCUGUAUUAACCACUACACCACUGAUUAUAUGGCACAGUGACACACACAACACAUGUUAACCUUUAAAACAGUAAUGUAACCUCAGAUUUAUUAACUUAAGACCAUGUUAAUAUGUUAGUACACACAAAAUAUACAGUACAGUAAUACCAAGCUACUGGUAACCAUAACAGUAUUAAUGUGUGUAUGGAUUUGUGCUGGGGCUUCAUCUAACAACUUUUUUCAUUAUUUAUUCAUCUGCCAGUUAUUUUCUUGAUUCAUCUUUUCUGGCUUAGGACCUUCGUCGUCAUUUUUCUGUCUAUAAGUUGUUAGCAGUUCCACCAAAAUCACAUUUCACCAUUCAUUUUUUAGGUGGAUUAAUUUCAGUAACUGUGAAAAGAAAAGAAAAGAAAAGAAAAAAAAGCUAAUGUCCAAAUAAAACAGUCAGAAAAUAUUGAAAAGUAUCUCCAGGGCCUAAUGUGACUUGCUUGAUUUCUUAACAGUCCAUCAGUUUAUUAUCAUAUAUGACAGAAAAACAAGCGAUUCCUCAUCGGAGAAGCUGGAACCAGAUUUUUUCAUUAUUAGAGCUGUGAUUUGUGAUCUUUUUUUUAGACUGGUCACCGAAGCUGUAAAUAUUUUCCGCUGGUAGGAAUUCAUCCACCAGACAUCGAACACUUGACUACCAACUUUAAACUGGCUGCUGCUCACUGGUCAUUGUCAGAACUCUCUCACUGGCUGGUUCUGGAUCAGUGUUUGACACACACGUGUAAACUGGCUGUCUGGCCCACUUGAACGUGUAUGUGUGUAUGUGUGAGAAUGAAUGGACGCCUGUUGAAUGUAUUUGUCCCACUUUGUUUUUUGAAUGAGCACUUGUGCACUUUAUCUGAAUUUAUCAUAUUUAUCUUCCUUGUUUUGUUUUUUUUUGCGAUUCAUCAUCUGUUGCUAUGAAUGAGUUUACUUCAUGUGCUUAUUAAAGUCUGUGGUACAACCAAAAUAAAUCACCUACCAGAAGGCCUUUUAUGUUGGAUGUAACUAAAGAAGAGUUUGACUCCAAAACAUCACAUAACCAUUUUUGGAAAUAAACGCUUUGACCAGUUUAUCAUUCAGUAUUUUUAAGGGUAUCCUGUUUUUAUCAGUUCUGUGAUUCAAGGAUUGUAUUUAUCUUAUUUUCUAUAUUUUACUCUGUUAGUUUAUGUUUUACUAAUCAUCUAUCAAAAGUCAGUUUCACCUUUGGAGCCAAACACUUCAAAUAUUGAUGCCGAUAAGCUCUUCUUAAUCAUACUCACUAUAGGCUGACUUGUUUCUAAGCUUUGUAUCACCUCUGUGCUUCAGUUUAAAAAGGUUUUCUACCAGGUUUUCCUUUAAUCUGCAAGGAAUCAACUUGGGAACCUUUUUCAUCUCAGAGUAGCUUUAUGGAUUUAGCUGCUUAUAUAACGUGGCAGUGCUUUGUUUGGUCUGCACUUAUCACUUGUUUCUGCCUGCCUGCCUGUGAGAAAACACACGAAUGUACCAUGGACGGAGUGUGAGUGUUAAUGGAAAUGUCCCAUUAAGACCACAGGUGGUCCUGUCCUUAUUUGAAAAAGGUUUUAGAGUAUAUAGAUAGCAAUAUUUAAGUGUUAUUAUAUUGUUUGUGUAUUUCCUGUCACUGUUAAAGCCCUGCCCUGUGUGGGGUUGUACAUGCAGGACUGUGAAAGACAACUUGUGGACCUUUGGGGAAAAAUUAAAUAAACACAAUCUGAUGUUGCACCAAA